UCACCUUAAUGCUGUUUAAAAACACUAAUUAUACUCUGUCUGUUCCACCUGGUAUCCCUGUUCUAGCCGAAUCAUCUGUGGGUAAAAUCUGAUUUUCACUGGAGUUAAGGAAAAGCAAUGAGAGAAUACGCAGAUUGUUCCAAGAAAUUAUUGUUUCUCGCCCAGCCAUAACAUUUUACUGGAGCCGUUACAUCCCAGAUAUUCACUGGAAAACAGUUUGGAUGAUUCCCCAUAAAUAUUUAAUUGUAAACAAGGUGAAGGAAGUGUCAUUUAAAAUUCUCCAUAAAAUUUACCCUGCUAAACACUAUAUGACAAAAUUUAAAAGCGACAUAAACACUAAUUGCAGUUUCUGUGAAGGCCAUCCAGAAACGGUGACACAUCUCUUUUGGCUCUGCCCUUUUAUACAAAGGUUUUGGUCAGAAUUUAGCAAGUUUAUUGAAGACCAUAUUUUGAAGAACUUUUCCUUAUGCUGGAAAAAUGUUUUAUUUUGUUUCUAUAGAUUUCAUAGAAAGGAUGCUAAUCAUUUCUUCAUAAUAAACUUGCUAAUACUCUUUGCUAAAUUUCAUAUUCAUAAAUGUAAAUUUGCUAAUAAAACACCGUGUUUCUCUUUUUUCAUUAAAGAUAUGGAUUUAUAUAUCAAAUCAAUAACAGAUUCUACAAAUGAAAAGGCUCAAAGGACAAUCUCAAUAUCGACAACAUUCUGAGCAUUAAGGAUUAUCCAGCCUUGAGCAUUAGAAGAAUCAGCAUUUCUGAAGGUUGUUCAAAGAACGUGGAACAAUUGUAAAGAUGCCUCGCGGCAAAGGUUUUCACCGUACACAAGCCUUUAAAAGGAAGAUGGAAGACCCCAAACCACUGGAUGUCGAAAUCAAAGUUCAAGAAAGCACGUUUGUGGCUUGUCAAGGAACAGGAACGCGGCAUAGACCUUGGCCGACCUCUUCUGCCAACAAUACCUGCAAACUGGUCAUUCCACCAGAAUCAAAAGACAAGAAAUUUGUCUUUCUUAUAGGAGACUCUCAUCUAAGGGCUAUUGUGGAUGGAUUUGCCCCUAUUAAAGAAGAGAGUCUUUACUUUGGUUUCUUGGCCGUCCCUGGAGGAGCAGCGUUGGACCUGAGAACCGAAAUCUUGAAUGCUGUGAUACCACGAAUACCUGAUUUAGUCUGUUUGUUAGCUCCAAGCAACACUUUGAAGAGAAGCACCGUUGUCAGUGAAGCUGGGAAACAGUUUAAAAAGCUCCUAACAACUGUUUGCACACUUUUUCCGAAGGUGUUUGUGUUGGAUUUCCCUCCAAGACUUAACGUGGAUCCUCAGGUUCAGUCUCUUUUACGACAAGAAUUUCACAGAGUAUCGGUGCAAUUGGGUGUGUCAUACAAAUCAGUUGCUCAGCUGUUUCCAAUGAGAAAACUGCACCUGUGGAGCAGAGAUGGGGUACACCUAAGUGACGAUGAUGGGAUGAAAAUCCUAAAUAAAGCGAUAUAUGAGGCCUCACAUGAGCAGAUUCACAAGCCAACUGCAGAGACGGAGGUGAUGCCCACCAUGUCAUGCUCUCCUCCAAAGUUGCUUGAGCAGGUUCCCAAGCCAACUGCUGAAAAAGUCUCAAAGUUGCUUUGUACACCUGAGGUUCCAGUUGUGGCCCCACAAAAUCCCUUUGAAUGGAACAUUGUCGGAUCUCACAAUAAGACCUUUACAACUUCAAGUAAACAAGAAAGCUGUACUUCGCCAAAGAGAGUACUCCAUUUAAAGGUGGAAGAACAAAUGGACUUUUCUGUGGAGCUCAAUCCAAAGUGGCAUGAUGGUGAAAUGCUGGAAAUCUUGGGGGAUGGCAACACACCAACUUUUGGAGAUGCUUCUAUUGCGCCAUUUCAAAAAACAAAGCCAACAUCAAAGCUGUGCUUCACCAAAGAAAGCACCACGUCUACAGGUGGAAGAAGAAAUGCAGGAGUUUUUGGUGGAGCUGAAUCCAACUGCACCGUUUCAAAAAACAAAGGGCUGUGACAGAGUAGUGGCUGGUGAGGAAACUGUCACCGAAAACGGUAAGAGAAGUCUUCCUGAUCACACACUAAUUACAAGAGGUUCAUUUCACCAGGGCCAUGACCACUUUGGUUCAAAUAAAUCAAAACACUGUGCCACCAAUAGUAUUACUGCUAUCAUGACUAAUACCAUUCACAAUGCAAAAACCUGGUCAACAAAUGAUAUUGAUAGACUUUUGAUAAAAGGUGAUAAAAUGUACACUUUCAUGAAGCAGCAUGACAUGAUUAGUGAUGUCAAUGGUAGUGGAUACGUUUUUGUCAGGGAAUUACCCGCAAAUUACACAUUGGAUGGAAACGCAUUCACCCUACAAUAUUUAGACACAUUUACUGGACAUGUUAACAUCCAAGAAUAAGAUCAGGCUCUUGGCAAUGUUGCUAUGCCUCUAGAUAAGGCUUUACAAAGAGCACUCUGUGACAACAAUGCCUGCCUAAUCACAAUCACAAUUAGGAACAACACAUGCAGUUUUGAAGCAUGAGUCUGGGUUUUCAGUCUUUGAUCCACAUGCACGUGGUGAUGAUGGUGGUCUGGGUAUAAAUGGCUCCAGUAUUCUUGCACACCAUGCCACAGUUGAUUCAUUGAACAUGCACAUCACAAACCUAGUUCAGUCUUUAGUCGGUGAUGAUGAUAUGCAUGAUACAGACCACUUGUUCCAUCACUAAUAACCUUAACACCAGUAACUUCAAACAUCUUCUGCUAGGACUGGUGGACUGGAUACUGACAGUGUAGCAUUGCAUGACAGUUUUGCAAGUAUGGCAAGCCCAGAUGUGCAUGUUGUGUCUUUGGAACCAGGUCAUGUAACUGAUGACUCUGUGAAGAUAGUGUCUCACAGUAAUUGCAACAGCCUCACAUUUACUCCACUGACAUUGACUGAAAAAAGGAGAAUCUGCACAAAGCUUAACCAUGUCCCAAGUUUUCAGGAAGAGAAGACUGUUACCAGCAUUACUGUAGAUCAGCCUGUGCCUUGUGCAGCCACAAGUAUAAAGUCAGAUGGAAAUUGUUUUUUCCGUGCUCUGUCCUAUGUUUUUAGUGGAUCUGAAGAAAAGCAUAUCGUUAUGCUAUUGUAAAACAGAUGCUUGCAAAUCCAGAGAUGUACUCAAAAAUAAUUAGACCUCAGUACACAUCUGUGCAACAAUAUGUAACUACUUCAAAAAUGAAGUAUGUGGGAACUUGGGCCACUGAAGUGGAAAUUCGGGCUGCAGCAGAUUUCUUUCAUGUUGACAUAUACACAUAUAGUGCCGAAAAAUGGUUAAGAUAUACUUCCAGCAAUACAGAUGUCCAUUGCAAGGGACUCUACCUUAAUCAUUACAACAAUUGUCAUUAUGAAACCAUAACCUGUGUAACAGAUAAAGUCUCUAAUGAGUGUAUCGGUUUGACUUCAUGUCAUGUAAAACACCAUAGCAUUAACAAAGACGAAAUCGCAAGCUGUAGAAAAGUAGAUACCAGAGAAAAAAGACAAAAGAGAAAGAGGUACAAUUUGGAUAACAGGUAUGCCAAUAAUGCAGUGCAACAGUACGGCAAGAGCAAGUAUCGCAAUGAUCUCGUAUUUCAGGAAAAGGUCAAACAGUACAGCAAAGAUAAGUACACGAAUGAUCCUGAGUUUCAGGAAAAAAAAUCAAGAAUUACAGCAAAGGUAUAAAUGUAUAUAAAUAUAAACAUCAAACAGACUUAAGAUAAGAUAAGAUAAGAUAGUCUUUAUUGAUCUCACAAU